AACCAAAUACAAUUUUUGUCGGACCACUCAAACAGAUCAAAUAGCUGCAUAGGCUUAAAUAUAUGUAUUAGAGUGGAACGGAAGGUAGGCUAGUUGUUUCAAUAAGGUAAUUACACCCAGUUGUUAUUUUUAAAUAAUACAAUGUUAAACAAACUGAGUUUGGUGUUAGCAUCUUUAAAUGUAAUUAUCGGUCGUUUUGCUAUUUGCUCGGCUGGGAAUGCCCAGUAUGCUAAUCCGAACAUACCUACAAUUGCUAAAUAUUUCGGUACAAAAGGCAGAUAUGAAGAAGUGAAUCCGCACCUGGUAGAUGACAUACUCUCCGUGAACAAAUCAAAUGUGGAGCCUCCAUCGCCCGAUUGCAAGGCAGUUCAUAUUACUGCUGUCCUAAGGCAUGGCACAAGAUACCCCUCCUCAAAAUAUAUUAAAGAUAUGAAAAAUAUUUACGGUCUUGUGUUAACUAAGGCGAAUGGCACGGAAAGCUGGCUGAGGGAUCUUAAGACUCAGUGGAAGAUGUGGUAUACCGAGGAAAUGGACGGCCAUAUCGUGGAUAAAGGCCGGGACGAUCACAGACAUUUGGCUGUCCGACUGGCCACAUCAUUCCCAACGUUGAUCUCUGCGGAAAAUUUACGAAAUAACCGCUUUCAGUUUUUCACCAGCUCCAAACAUAGGUGUGUUGCCAGCAUUAAAGCAUUCGAAGAAGGACUAGCGACUUUCUGGAAAACUGAAGAGUCUCAGUUUAAACAUGAAGAAAACGACGAGUUAAUGCGAUUCUUUGACCAGUGCAGAAGAUAUAUCCACGAUGUGGCCAAUAACAGAACCGCUCUCGCGGAGGUGGAUUUGUUCAGGUCAAGGCCAGAGAUGAGACGAGUCCAGGAGAAAGUGGCAGAUCGCCUGCAAGUUCCAUACAGUGAUAUCACGACAGAUUUGGUGGAGGCUGCAUUCCUCCUGUGUGCUUAUGAUUUUGCUAUCAAAACUGAGAAUUCACCGUGGUGCAUAUUGUUUGAUGAAGAGGAUGCCCAGGUGUUGGAAUAUAUGAGUGACCUAAAACAGUUCUGGAAAAGGGGAUAUGGUCAUGAUAUCAAUCGCAAGUCCAGCUGCUCUCUUUUUCAUGACAUGUUCAGUCGUCUUGAUAGGGUUGCCAAUGAAAGCAGGUUUGGUGAGGUGACAGAGGCUGUCACGGUCCAGAUGGGCCACGCGGAGACCCUCCUGCCUCUCCUCACUCUCUUGGGCUUGUUCCAGGACGAGCUGCCGCUCAACUCCAGCAACUACGCGGCGCAGCGCAGCCGCGCGUUCCGCAGCGGCCUCGUCGUGCCCUACGCCGCCAACCUGGUCCUGGUGCUGUACGACUGCCAGGCGGGGCUCCGGCUGCAGGCCCUGCUCAACGAGAGGCCCCUGCCCUUCCCCAACAUCCCCCACCCUGCCCCGCUGUACCACACGGUCAAACAGGCCUACCAGCAGCUUCUGCAGGGCUGCAGCUUCAAGAAGGAAUGUGAGCUGCCCUCACACACCUGAGGAGGAGGAGGAGUAAUAAUAAUAAUAAUAAUAAUAAUAAUAAUAAUAAUAGUUUCUCUUGAGUGAUUUUCAGACCACAGGAUCAAAGUGCUUUGUAAUAACGCAAUAAGCCAUAGUUAAACUUUACAUAUACUAAAACAAGACAUUUUAAAAGGAAAGCUAGAGAACAAUAGGAUGAAUAAUAGACUGUAUCUUUGAGAUAUCCAUAAGUCAAUUGAGGGUUAAGACAGGGUAAUUAAGUUAAGAUUUCAAUUCUGUGCAUAUUUGAGGUCAUAGGAUUUCCACUUCAAAAAAAAAUGUACCUGCUGCAAACCAUCUGCUUUUAUUGGUGACUGGUGUGGAUGUGUGACUGCGUUUGGCCAGGGAUCAAAGUCUAUGUCUGUACUGAGCAAAUUUGAACAGAACCGUUUGGUUGAACAACAAGGUUGUAGUCAUAUUUGUGUUUCUGCUCUGACUACAUGAAUGAAAAUAGCCAGUUAGCCUUUUUCUAAAACAAAUAUUGUUUUUGGGCUUUGACUUUGAUCAUCGUGGCUUGAAUUAGCCUCGUAACCCAGCCAACCAAGUGAGUUUCACCCUUCGAGCUCCAAGCCUAUUUUCUCUGAUAUUUAAAUUCUGUAUUUUAAAUAUCUAUAUUUAAAUUUGAUUUCUAUAUUUGAAUAUAAGCCUAUUGUGCACCAUCAAUGGAUAUAUGUCUGUUUUUUCAGCAAAAAAAAUUGUUUGCCUGUGCUCUCCAAGGUGUUGAGAGGAACUGUCGGUAACUUCAAGUAUGUUAUUCUUUCCUAACAGAUCUACAGUUAAAUGCCAAAUUGUUGGGACAGUUGACCCAAAUGUGUGUCAAAUUGGUUGUUUUUCCCCCUGUACUGAUCAAAUUUUGUAUCAUAUCAAACAAUGGUACGAGGCAAAAUUUCCAAUAUCUGCAUUUAUAUUACAACUAUAUUACAACAGUGCCGGUCAGUGAGUCAGAUCCUGCUAGGCUGGUCUGCCUGUGGACAUUUCACCACUACACGUCAUUAUAGUCCACGGGAAUAUGGGUUCCAUCGCUACCAUCUGUUGCACAGAGCCCGGUUAACUAUCACAACAGUGUUGAUUAUGGAUUCUAAUGAACACAUUUUUAUGCAACUUCAUAUUGGCUGGGCAGUGUGAUUUGUCGGUCAUAUUCCGCAUUGCAAAUGUGAACUCCUCUGUUUCAGUAAUUUCUCCCGGCAUUUCAUUCCCGCAAGCUCCGCAUUUUGAAAGAAAGCAAAUAAUGUGAUACAGAUUUGGUUUAAUUAAAAUACACUACAAACAACUGGCUGGUUUGCAUGCAUAAGUGACCAUCUGUGGAAAUUAUUUGAAAGCCAUAUGAAAGUUAUUUCUCUUGAUCUCGUCCCCAGUCUAUGUAUUGGCCUGCAUACGGGGUCUUCAUACUGGAGUGGCAUGCUGUCAUCAAGAGACUCACAAAUAUAAGGUGUUGUGUGCAAUAUAUUAAAACAGCAAUUUGGUUUCAUUAAGAGCGGUCCUGAUCUUGCACAAUGGGAAAUUCACAUUUAUACAGACAGUGAAGUCUUCAGAUAACUACAACUCUCCUUGACGACACAAACUGUAACCCAUUUGUCAUCAGGUACAAUUAAAAAUACCUGUUUAUGUAAAUUAUGGUAGACAACUGUAAUGAUUACAUGCAUUUUAUUCCUUUAAAACGAUUGGCCCUUCCACACAAGCUACAUUCUGAGGAUGAAUUGCAAGAUUUUACACUUCGGUGAGCAAUCUCCUAGGCUCCAUGAAGCUCCCUUUUCCUUGUGGUUGUCAAACUAUUUUAAACGGAAUAGCCUAAUUCUAAUAGGCCUACUAAUGUUCAGUUGUAUAACCUGCAUUACAGUUACUGAGACUUGCAACUAUCGUCUGUGUAACAAUUGUGCUGGCACCCAGGUAUAGAUUCCUAUUAAUGUAUUCCUAAAUACAUUAAUAAUAGACUGAUAACAGUGACAACAUUUUGACAUGUCAAGCACAAAGUGAAACACUGUCGUGCGGCACACUGUUGACAGGUGGCGCCAUGGAACAAAUUGACACCGUUACACAAUUAGGUUAACCUCACAAAAUAGAUAGCAUGUUUAAUUGAGCCUAUCCAGUUAUAAUAUACGAACGUCAAGUGAGACGCCUGGUCAAUACUGCUGAUCUGGUGGACAAAUAGUUCUGUCAGUAUGAGUGGUUAAUAUAUUUUCCCUGCUUUGAACCUUAUAACUUUUGGCUUAUAACUCUCUUUUUCUUCACAUUUUCCCCGCUCCUAUUUUAAUUCUUUAAGGCACUCAAAUUAUAACGCAGGUCACUAGUAACGCAACUUACAUUUAACGUCGACAGAGUAAAAUGUGAUGCCCUUGCAUUAUAUAAAAGCAAUCAGUAAGGUGAAAUGAAAAAUAUAAUAUACUGAUAAAUUCCCCCAAUUAAUGUAACACGUGACCCACGGUACCUUACCACAGAAAACUAGUUCCUUGUGGUCGGCUAGUAUCCUUCCGACCUCAGUAACGGCGCCACCACGACAUGAAUUUAAGCAUUAUCUUUUUUUACUGUUACAUUGACUGUAUUUCAACACAGUUUAUGUUGCCUUUAACGAAAUGCCUUUGUUUUAUAAUUAAGAGACUUAAGUUUGUACUACAAGGAUGUAACUAUUGUGGAACUAUGUAUGUAUGGCGGUAGGAUAUGCAGUACAGUAUAAGCCUAGUUUGUCUUUUUUUCCCUCUCUGUUGGAAGCCAUGAUGGAAGUUUUAGAGUUCAGCUAGAGAUGUUCGAGGAAAGGAUGAGAUGUACCGGACUAAUUUGUGGGAAAAUAUUUUAAAGAUUUUGUUAUGGUAUUCUUACAUAAAUUCUACAUUUUGAGGUGGAGGCUGUCAAAUUGUUUUUGUAUUUGGUAUUUUUACAACCGAGAAUGUCCGACUAAAGGGCUUGGAUUUUUAAAGAUAUUAGUGUAGCAAGCUAGCUAGCUGCCUAGCUAGCUAGCUAGCUACGUGUGUGUGUUCGAGUGUGUCGCGUAUGUGUGAGUGUCAAUUUUCUGGGUUAGAAGAGCAGGAGAGGGUUCUCUCCGCUUUAUCGACUUAAAAACGACGGCUGCAGAAGAUUCAGAGACAUUGGUCGCGACUGAUGCAUUGAAUUUCGGGAGGUGGAAAAUUGUAUGCUUUUUUUAUUUGGGGGAUUGCAAAUCAAAUUCCUGGAUCGGGGCAGCAGGGCCUGUGGAGGAGCAGACUGCGGCCCUCCUUUAUGAUCCAGCAGAAGCCAUUCUAAUUCAGCUCGGACCGACAGCUACCUAGCUAGCUUGUUACACCGAAGGUGCUGCGAAAUCAAGAGAGCGAAAGGAGGACUGAGGCAUCUUAAACAAAAGCAACAAUAACAUUACGAUAUAUAUUUUUUUU